AUGAUCGCCGCCUACGACUCCGAGACGGGUCGGUGCUUCGGGGGCAUCGCUUUGCAAGCGCACCCCAACUUCCUGCACAAGUUCUCGUGGACAGUGCAGGAGGUACACAUCGGCCCGAAGAGUUUCCAGGAGCCAGAGGACAGCGUGGAUAGCGCUGCCACCCCCAUCGAGAAGCUGAGCCGGCAGUGCAGCUGGAUGAGCCGCAGCCCCUCUACAACGAGGAUGAGUCCUGAGCUGACAAAGUCCGCCUCUCGGAGCAGCGGCUUGACUUUGGAGAAGUUUGGGGAGACGGAGGAGCAGCCGACCCGCGAGCGUUAUUGCUCCUGCAUCCUCCUCUACGCUGUCAAGGAGGGCGUCUUAGUGCACUUUGCGGACGACUUGGAAAGUUGUGAGGAGGUCGUGCGAUCUGUGCAGUUUCGCUACAGGGACGCCAAUCUGAAGGACUCUGCCAAUCCUCAUCCGGAGGUGAAGGUGUGCCGAGUGAAUGUGGGCGGUGCCCCAUCAGUGGCUGGGCGCUUGCUGACCACCACACUGCAGGGGGACCUGCAGAGGCAAUUCAAGAUCGCCGCAUCUGUGGAGCAGCAGAAGGACUGCACGAACUGUGUCACCUUCAGCAUGCGCGUGAUCAAGGGCUUCCAGAUGGCCCUCAGAGGCUUUGACGUCGUUAAGGCCUGUGAGUCCACUCCCUUUCUCGGGCGCCGCUCCGGGGACGUCUCCGGGGAAGCCUGGGAGCAUCGCCGGCAUCCAUUGGCGAGAACCCACGGCAUCUCAGCUAUCCUGGUGAAAUUGUCUUUGGAUGGAAGAGGUGCCAGCAUGGGCACAGAGACGGACGCGCGGCCCCAGACGGCCGAUCCACCUGAGCCACAGCGCAGCCCAAAGGCUCCUUCGCUGUUGGGCUCAACCCUGGGCCGCCUGGACUGGGCGAGAGCAGGCGAAGCCAUCGCCAAAGAGAGCACUCCAAGGUCGCCCACAGUGAACGCAGACCUGACAAAGAGGAUCACACGUCGCUACAGGGCCGAGGUCGAGAAGUCUGAGCGAGAUCGGCUUCGGAGAUAUGUCCGGCUCGAUCAGCAGGUGAAGAUCAUGCCGGACCAGCACAAGAUGGCCAGGACGGUGCAGGCGGAGCUGGAGUCGGUUCAGCGCAAGGCGGGCAUGGAGGCGAUCUCCUACACCACCUGGGAUGACACCUUUGGUUCGGAAGACAUGAAGAAGCGGUUGGAUUUCCUCAGCGGCUACGCAACAAAUGGAAAGUCCACGGAGGUGUCUUUGGUGCAGAUGCCCGAGCACAUCUUCCUGAGGAUCCAGGUGGCCGCGGGGGACCCCUGCAGCGUGUACGCCCUGGACGCCUUGGCUCGUGGCGCCCCAAGUAGCCAUGAGGAGGCCUGGGCUGGCGUCCUGGAGGAAGUGUUUCCCUGCCUUUUCGAGAAGCUCCUGUCCGAGGACUUCGGCGGCAGCUUCAAGCAGGUCUACACGCGCCGUGCCAAGCGCGCGGAGGAGUGGCGCCGGCGCAAGCAGAAGUCGGAGAAGGAGGAGGCUUGGGAGAAGCCGCUGCCGGCACCCACCAAGAAGCCGCACAACAAGCUGCUCUUCGCGGACAACCGGCAGGGGCCCUUGGCGGACAGCACCUUGGGCCUCAAGGUCUGCGGCCGCUGCGGGGAGAAGUACGCGCCCUCCAACAAGACCUCCCGAUGCCGACACCACGAGGGCAAUUUGGUUCCCCACGGCCUGGAGGCGGGUGCUUUGACGCGGCGAGACCAGCAGCAGGUGGCCAAGUGCGGGCGCUUCGCCCUGCGGAAGAUCGGGGGCAUCGCGGGAAGGUCGCGGGCCUCCAAGGGUCGGGGCCACUGGUCCAAGGGCUUGGGCCUGCCGGCCGCGCUGGCGGGCAAGACCAUGGUAUGGGAGGACGUUUGCAUUGGCCCUGGUGAAGUCCUAUGUGCCUGGUCCUGCUGCUCACAGGUCGGCUUGUUCGCGGACGGGUGUCAGGUUGGAAGCCACCGGCCUUACUGA